GGGCAGGGUUUGUUGUUGUCGUUCAGCAGCAGACCAGUCCGACAUCUUUGAACUCGUCUUUUUAAGAUAAUAAUUAUCAACCAGAGCGUUAUUAAGAAUCUUAACCACACAAGGAAGCAUUGGAGUAAAUCUGGAUUUGUCGUGUUUUGAGUGACGCUUGUGUUUUGUGUUUUUUAAAGAUGGCCAGUCAGUACCAGCGCUCAGUACCACUAGAGGUGAGGAGAGCAGAGGGAGAGAGAGUUCGGGCCAAGCAUCCUGACAAGAUACCGAUCAUUGUGGAGAAGGCCACCAGGUCACGAGCUCCUGAACUGGACAAGAAGAAAUACCUAGUGCCGUCAGAUUUAACAGUGGGCCAGUUGUGCUUCCUGAUCCGUCAGCGUGUGUCUUUGAGACCGGAGGAGGCACUCUUCUUCUUCGUCAACAACUCCCUUCCCCCAUCCAGCUCCCCUCUCUCUGCUGUAUAUGAGGAGCACCAUGAGGAGGACCUGUUUCUCUACAUGACCUACAGUAAUGAGAGCGUCUACGGUGCCUGAGGGAGGACAAAAGACUGGAGAGAGACAAAGAGAGAAUGAGAGGAGACAAAGUGAGACUGUAUGAUGAGUUAAGGCUGUUUGUAAUGCUCCAAACCACUAUUAUCCUCUAUAUUAGGUUUGAUAAGUAACUACAUGGUGGAAGGAAGGCUUCGCACAAGGCAGAGGGGUCGCUCGUAGGGUUUACCUCCGUCAGUAUUUCGGGGUGAGCGUAUUGCAUAACAGUACACUUCAAGUUAUGUUGAUUCCUUACUUGGUGAAAGGGGAAGGGGUGAAAAGAAAGAAUGAAUGCACUUAAAAAGCAAGUUAUUGAAAUUAUGAUGAGAGCUCUCGUAAUCUUUCUCAGUCAUCUGUAUUUAAUGCAAAUAUUUUUUUUUUUGUAAAUUAAUAUCAUAAACUUUUGUGGAAAAAUAAAGAUGAAAAUGCACACA